AUGCUGGAAGAAGCCCGACGCGGGGUCCCGAACACUCGCUGUGCCAAGACCGGAGCGCCCCGGCGUCGGAGGGGGCGGAGUUGGGGCGUUGUCACGGCAACAGAGGACGCGACGGGACUCGAUCCCAGCGCCGCGAGGAGUUUCCACGAUGACCGGAGCGGCGCGCGAGGCGGUGCCCGGGCCCGACCCGGGAACACGGUCGCACCCCGUCCUCAGAGCCGAGUGACGUCCGAGGGGCCGGCAGCCCAGAGGGCUGCGGCGGGCAGUGGGCAGGGCGUGCUUCUGGCGUCCUGCAGGCGGCGGCCAGUGCUGGCGGGGCUCUUGCAGGCAGCGUCCUUGUCGUCCAAGUCUGGGUUUUCUCGCGGCCGGAAGGUGAUGCUGUCAGCGCUGGGCAUGCUGGCGGCGGGGGGUGCAGGGCUGGCAGUGGCUCUACAUUCUGCUGUGAGUGCCAGUGACCUGGAGCUGCACCCUCCCAGCUUUCCGUGGUCUCACCGUGGCCUCCUCUCUUCCUUGGACCACACCAGCAUCCGGAGGGGUUUCCAGGUAUAUAAGCAGGUGUGCUCCUCCUGCCACAGCAUGGACUAUAUGGCUUACCGCCACCUGGUGGGUGUGUGCUACACGGAGGAUGAAGCUAAAGCCCUUGCUGAGGAGGUGGAGGUUCAGGACGGUCCCAAUGACGAUGGGGAGAUGUUCAUGCGGCCAGGAAAGCUGUCCGACUACUUUCCCAAGCCGUACCCCAACCCUGAAGCCGCACGAGCUGCCAACAAUGGAGCAUUACCCCCUGAUCUCAGCUACAUUGUGCGUGCUAGGCACGGUGGUGAGGACUACGUCUUCUCCCUGCUCACCGGCUACUGUGACCCACCCACUGGGGUGUCGCUGCGAGAAGGCCUCUACUUCAACCCCUACUUUCCUGGCCAGGCCAUCGGCAUGGCCCCUCCAAUCUACACUGACGUCUUGGAGUUUGAUGAUGGUACCCCAGCUACCAUGUCCCAGGUAGCCAAGGACGUGUGCACUUUCCUGCGCUGGGCAUCUGAGCCAGAGCAUGACCAUCGCAAACGCAUGGGGCUCAAGAUGUUGAUGAUGAUGACCUUGCUGGUGCCCCUGACCUAUGCCAUGAAGCGGCAUAAGUGGUCAGUCCUGAAAAGUCGGAAGCUGGCAUAUCGGCCACCCAAGUGAUCCUGUACAUCUGCUUGCCAUUCUGCCUGAACAGGCCCUCAAGCCCAGGAGCCAUCUUGGGCCUGUUCAGGCCUCAGCUGGCCCACUUGGCCAAGCCGCUUGUCAUCUGGGACAAGAGUGGGGUGGACAGAUGAGGCUCUAGCUCCAGAUCCUCCUCCAGCUCCCAUCAUGGGAAUAAAUUAAGUUUCUCAAUGUA